AUGAUAUCGCGGAAGAAAGACUCAUCUUCACUUAAAUGUCUAGGCUUGCAAAGAGGUUUAGCCUUUCUUCCCCAUUUAUUAGAAACUACCCUUUGUGUUGCUGCAGCACAGAUUUUCUCCUCAGUUUCCACCCAUCUUCUUGGUGUGAUUUCGUGUAUUUCUGCCCUGUUGUCUGUGCCUUCGCCUUUGAUUGUGUCCAUUCAGAUCAACGGUGCCUCGAAUGGACACCGCGUGGUCAGCCCCGUGCUGGCCGCCUUCAACUGGAACACGACGGGCGAGUUCGCGGACGGCCGACGUGUAAACAUUGAACACUCGGUUCGCUGGUUGGACGCCGACCAGCCCGACCCACAACUGGCCUUCCAGACCGGUGGAGAACAUCCAGACGCAACUGGCGCAGGUCAAGUGGACGUGCGCAGCCUGUUGCCGGGCCGGCGGAUUCAGCUGGACACCUUCCUGUCCGGUUCGUGUCCUCUCGACUUGACAGAGGGGUUGCAUCCGCAAGUUAAGCUCGAGUUGAGUCCGUACAAGGAGAUCUUGGUGCAGAUGGAUCCUGCCUUCGGUGAGCGCAUCUCGAGUAGAAUCUGUUGCUUCGCCUCAAUAGCUCGUCUUAUAGCCACUUGUACCCUAGACCGCCUAGACAACGGGGUGCCACUUUUCAUGUAG